CCUGCCAUUCCGGUUUCUAGAGCUGAACCCAGGAGGGAGGGUGUGGGAUUUGGGAGGCAGCUGCUACACCUACCAUCUGUUAGAGCUCCAAGACCGGGCGUUGCACUGCCUGGAGUGUCCCGCCGUGGUCCACCGAGAAGGAUCAGCAGAGGUGAAAGAGCCUGCUAAAAGAGGAGCCAGCUGCACAUCUGGAACCAGAAUGUCUGCUGUGGACACAGGCUCAGAGCCCUCACCAGGGGUGGACCCUCCUGAGGACACACUGCGGAGGCUGCGGGAGGCCUUCAGUGCAGGGCAGACACGGCCUGCUGAGUUCCGGGCAGCACAGCUGCAGGGCCUGGGCCGUUUCUUGCAGGACAACAAGCAGCUGCUGCAGGAUGCCCUGGCUAAGGACGUGGGCAAGUCAGCCUUCGAGUCAGACAUGAGUGAGAUCAUCCUGUGCCAGAAUGAGGUGGACCUGGCCCUCAAGAGCCUGCAGACCUGGAUGAAGGACGAGUCUGUGUCCACCAACUUGCUCACGAAGCUGAGCUCAGCCUUCAUCCGGAAGGAGCCCUUUGGCCUGGUGCUUAUCAUUGCACCCUGGAAUUAUCCUUUGAACUUGAUGAUCAUGCCCUUAGUGGGAGCCAUCGCUGCAGGGAACUGUGUGGUACUGAAGCCAUCAGAAAUAAGCAAGAACACAGAGAAGGUGCUGGCAGAGCUGCUGCCCCAGUACCUGGACCAGAGCUGCUUUGCUGUGGUGCUGGGUGGGCCCGAGGAGACCGGGCAGCUGCUGAAACACAAAUUUGACUAUAUCUUCUUCACAGGGAGCCCUCGGGUAGGCAAGAUCGUCAUGGCCGCCGCAGCCGAGCACCUGACGCCCGUCACCCUGGAGCUGGGGGGUAAGAACCCCUGCUACGUGGAUGACAGCUGUGACCCCCAGACUGUGGCCAACCGGGUGGCCUGGUUCCGCUACUUCAAUGCUGGCCAGACCUGUGUGGCCCCCGACUACAUCCUGUGCAGCCAGGAGAUGCAGGAGAGGCUGCUGCCUGCCCUGCAGAAUGCCAUCACACGUUUCUACGGAGACAACCCGCAGACCUCCCCCAACCUGGGCCGAAUCAUCAACCAGAAACACUUCAAGCGUCUCCAGGGACUGCUGGGCUGUGGCCGCGUGGCCAUCGGUGGCCAGAGCGAUGAGGGAGAGCGCUACAUUGCCCCCACAGUGCUGGUAGAUGUGCAGGAGACAGAGCCUGUGAUGCAGGAAGAGAUCUUUGGGCCCAUCCUGCCUUUGGUGACCGUGAGGAGUCUGGAUGAGGCCAUCAACUUCAUCAACAAACGGGAGAAGCCACUGGCAUUGUAUGCCUUCUCCAACUCCAACCAGGUGAUGAACCAGAUGCUGGAACGUACCAGCAGUGGUGGCUUUGGAGGCAAUGAUGGCUUCCUCUACCUGACCCUACCAGCCCUGCCCCUGGGGGGAGUUGGCCACAGCGGCAUGGGCAGGUACCACGGCAAGUUCUCCUUCGACACCUUCUCCCACCAGCGCGCCUGUCUGCUGCGCAGCCCAGGGAUGGAAAAGCUGAAUGACCUCCGUUACCCGCCCUAUAGUCCCUGGAACCAGCAGCUCAUAAGCUGGGCCAUGGGGUCCCAGAGUUGCACCAUCCUGUGAAUGACACCUGACUCCUCCCUCCUGCGGCCCCCCGCCCAGAACCACCUGAGCUUUCAGCUGCUCCCAGAUUCCCAGUGGUUCCCAGGAGGCAGGUGCUCCUUGUCACUGGUCGAUUCCUCUGAACAGACCUGCAGCCAGGCAGGACUUCCUGGUGGCUGGUCCAGCCCCUUCCCACAGCACAGUGCCCUCAGCAGCCUCCUGACCCUCUGCUUAGACAGGUCUGCUGACAGAGGAGCCCCUCCCCACAAGGUUGGGCAGAUCUGUUGACUGAGGGCCGGAGGCUUUCUCUGUCAGCUCACAGGGUCCCAAAAGACAGAGCAGCUUCUCACAGCUCCAUCCACAGCUGAAGGGUGGCUUUGUCCCCCUGAAGAGACAUGAUCUGGAAUCAAGACCAGCUUAAUUGGUGGAAUCUGUCUGAAGCAUGUUCAUUAGUUCCUUUCCUGUGGCUUCUCUCAAAUGACGCGAACAUAGGCCAAGUUCGAGGGGAAAGUUCGUGGCUUCAGAAGGUUCCACACACACACUCCACCCCUCACCCCCCCCAACCCCCCCAACCCCAUUGCCCAUGACUCAGCAGAAAUGACAUGACAGAGCACAGUUCAGUUCAAAUGAUGGCAGGCCAGGAAAUAGCAUGAAUAAGAAGGAAAUCGAGGUUGAUUAGUCAUGUCUGCUCUGGACCCAGGCAGGGCUGUGUACAUGUGCUGGCCAGCACAAUUUCCCACCUAGAAAGAAAUAAUGAGAGGUAAAACAUGAAAUUCUUGGAGACUCGGUGGUUAAGAGCACUGGCUGCUCUUCCAGAGGACUAGGUUCAAUUCCCAGCAACCACGUGGCAGCUCACAAUCAUCUGUGAAGAAAUCCAACACCCUCUUCUGGCCUCAGCAGGUACCAGGCAUAUGAUGCACAGACAUUCGUGUAGGCAAAAUACUCAUACAUGGAAAAUAAAAUAAAAUAAAACUUUAAAAAU